AGGCUGAGGCGCAAAAUGAAAUACCGUACUACGCGCGCGCGCACGUCUUUGAGGCUGCCGCCAAGAGGCGCCCUUGCAAGCAAGCAAGCAAGGAAGGGAGAGGAGAGGAGAGGCCGCCGCUGUGGCAACAGCAAUCAGCUGUGCGAGCGACGUGAGCCGGCGAGGGACUCGAAGAAGGGUGGAAAGCGGGCGGGGCUCGCAGCCCCAAUCCAGCCGAUGCGGAAGCCGCCGUCGGUCUCCCGGUCAUGUGACGCUGCCUGCGCCCCUCCCCCCUCCCUCCCUCCGCCAAACAAAGAGGCGGAGAGGGGGCAGCGAAGGGAGGCGUGCGCGUCGGCUUCUCGUGACUGUUCCGCUUCGGUCUCCCUCCUUCGCUCGCCGCCACCUGGAAGUCUCGCUCCGGUGGCAAGGAUGGCGCCGGCCUCCGCCGCUUCUUUCGCCCAGCCUUUGUUGCUGCUGUUGGCCCUUGGUUCCAGUGCCUGGGUCGGCGCCAGUUGGAAGGAGGCGCGGAAGCCCAACGUGGUCCUCAUCCUCACCGACGACCAGGACACCUACCUGGGCGGAAUGACACCACUGAAAAAGACUAAUGCUCUCAUUGCAGAGAUGGGGAUUACCUUCUCAAAUGCAUAUGUGCCAAGUGCAUUAUGCUGUCCCAGUAGAGCCAGCAUCUUGACAGGAAAAUAUCCACACAAUCACCAUGUUGUCAACAACACUUUGGAGGGAAAUUGCAGUAGUAAAUCCUGGCAGAAGAUUCAGGAACCAUAUACCUUUCCAGCUAUCCUGAAGUCUGUGUGUGGAUAUCAGACAUUCUUUGCUGGAAAAUAUUUAAAUGAGUAUGGAGCAGAAGAUGCGGGGGGAAUUGGCCAUGUACCGCCUGGAUGGAGCUUUUGGUAUGCCUUGGAAAAAAAUUCCAAAUAUUACAAUUACACACUUUCAGUAAAUGGUAAAGCACGGAAGCAUGGUGAAAACUACAGUGUUGAUUAUCUCACAGAUGUACUGGCCAAUGUCUCACUGGAUUUUCUUGAAUAUAAAUCCAACUUUGAGCCAUUCUUUAUGAUGAUAGCAACUCCAGCACCACAUUCACCUUGGGUAGCUGCUCCUCAGUAUAUGAAAAGCUUUACAAAUGUCAGUGCUCCAAGAAACAGUAAUUUCAAUAUCCAUGGAAAGGACAAGCAUUGGCUUAUCAGGCAAGCAAAGACUCCAAUGACAAAUUCAUCAAUACAGUUUCUAGAUGAUGCUUUCAGGAAAAGAUGGCAGACACUUCUUUCGGUGGAUGAUCUUGUAGAAAAACUUGUGAAGAGGUUGGAAUUUCAUGGAGAGCUCAAUAAUACAUACAUUUUUUACACAUCAGACAAUGGUUUUCAUACAGGUCAGUUUUCUUUGCCUAUUGACAAACGGCAGCUUUAUGAGUUUGACAUUAAAGUUCCAUUGCUCGUUCGAGGACCAGGAGUGAAAGCCAACCAGACUAACAAGAUGCUUGUGGCAAACAUUGAUUUGGGUCCUACUAUUUUAGAUAUUGCAGGCUAUGAUCUAAAUAAAACACAGAUGGAUGGAAUGUCAUUAUUGCCUCUGCUAAGAGGAGAUUCAAAUGUGACUUGGAGAUCUGAUGUUUUGGUUGAAUACCAAGGAGAAGGACAUAAUAGCACUGAUCCUACUUGUCCUGCCUUGGGCCCUGGUGUCACGCAUUGUUUUCCAGAUUGUGUUUGUGAAGAUGCAUAUAACAAUACAUACGCCUGUGUAAGGACACUGUCAGCUUCAUGGGAUCUGCAAUAUUGUGAAUUUGAUGAUCGGGAGGUGUUUGUUGAAGUUUACAACCUGACUGCAGAUCCACACCAGAUUACUAAUAUUGCUAAAACAAUAGACCAAGAAAUUUUAGAAAAGAUGAACUAUCGAUUAAUGAUGUUACAGUCCUGUACUGGAGCAACAUGUCGCACGCCAGGAGUUUUUGAUCUAGGGUACAAAUUUAACCCACAUCUGAUGUUCAGCAAUCAUGGAAUUCAGAUGCGCAGACUUUUUACACGUUCAUUGUAGUUGUAUCUUCUAGCUGACUGGAGCCAAUGUUAUCUGUGUCCAUUUCUUCAAAGUGACUGCAGAAGAUCUGCCUAAUCACUCUGACUAAAUCAGAAAGACUUGAUCAGCUGUCUUUGGAAGAAAAUAGCCUCCCCAGCUGGUUGCCUUGUGCACUACAUAGGUAUUCCUGACAGGAUCAGCCAAGUCUCCUCAAAUCUCUUUGUCGCAUCAAUGUGAGAAAAGUUUCAUCCUCAAGUUCAGUUUUAAUGUUUAACAUGAAUCUGCAUUUCCCUCUUUGGUGUAAAUGAAAGACUGAGGCACUUAAAAGCUUACUUACAUGGACAGGUAGUAUGAGGAAGAUUGGGCAGCUGCCUGCUGGAUCUGCUGUGUAGACGGGGGCUGUAAACUGUUGUCUCAUAAUUACAGCCACUGGCUGAUAAGCUUUUAAGAGGAUGAAGAGUGUACUGCUUGGUUGUGUUCAUAUUCUGAAUCUGGUAUAAUUAACUUAAACGGGGUAAUUGCUAUUCAUUUUUUCUCAGCUUUUCAAGGUCCAAUUGAAAAUGCUGAUGAGAAUUUGUGUGCCUGUUACUGUCAGAUGUUACAUAUGCCUGUUACAUACCAUCAGCUCUAGUUUUCAGUUCACUAAAGGAGUGGUUUUCCCAAAGAUAAAUGCUGCAUUAGCAUCCAUUAGCAUAUUUUCUACCUUGUAUAAGAGCAAUUCAAAAUUAUCGUUUAUUUGAAAAUCUUAUUCUCAGAAGUAAAUUACUGUUUGACAUUGUAACAUGGCUAUAUAUUCCAAAAAAAGGGGGAUCCAGUGCCUCAUUUCUAUAUGUUGUUCCAGGAUAAAAAUGAACUGAAUUGUUAUAAGCCUGCAUUAAGAAUCUUUUGUGCCAAAGAAGUGUAAGUCACAUUUCUUUGGUACACAGACCUGUUGCUUAGUAAAGCAUUCUUUCUGUUCCCUAUUCUUUGUUAUCACUUGCCUGGUUGUGAAUAUUGUAUUAGCCCUUGUUGAACUUUUAGAUGUUAACAGUAUUUUACCACUUCAUAACUUUCAAUUUAAUACCCAUAUACCUUGAUGUGUUUUUGUAUUGUACUGCCUGCCAGACGUUUGCUCGAAUACCAGACCAGUCAUCUUCACGGCAUGGUUACAUUUUUGUCAGAUUUCAGGAGCAGUCAUGUUGAGAAUUAAGCCUGAAUUUUAGUUAGAGGUAGGGAUGUAUGGAAGCAGUUUCCUGUAGGUUUAGGCUGUUGUUUUAAGCCAGGUGAACAUUUUAUAGUACAUGCCAGGUGAUCUGGCCAUUCCACCUCAGAAUGUACACAGGAUAUUGGUUAUUGGAAAAUACUCAACUGUCAAAGCUUCUUUAUAGUCUAGAUUUCUUUCUGGCACGUAAAUUAGCAAGAUCCAGGUCUGUUUAUUUUUUACUGUGAUGGCACCUUCUGUUAAGUGGUUUUGAGAUGCUGCUGUCCUAUGAAAAAAACAUUACAUGCCAUCUAGAAUACUUGAUCUUAGGGCCGCUUCUUAGAAAUGAUAAUCGGAUACAAAAAUUACAUUGAUACAUUUGGUGUGAAAGAUUUCUGUGCAGCUUUUUAAUUUAAAACAUUUGCAAGCAACUCUUAACUGAAAGACUGUUUGUAAACAAAAAUGCCAUUAAAAAAAUUGUAUGCAUCUUUCACACCUGAUGCACUACAAUAUAAAAUCUCGUUUAAAAUGCACAGUUGCUGUGGAGGAAGCAUGAAUUUUAGAAUUGACUUUCUGCAAAUGACAAAAGGUUGUUGAGAUGGAAAUCAGCAAACUAGAGGCUAGAUAAGUGUUUCUCAGAAGGAAAUAAUGAAAUAUUACUAGUGAGAUAACAGAACCUACAUGUUACAAAUGCUGUUUCUAAAUCUCAGCAGCUUUUAUUUUUGUUCUCUGCUGAAAGAAAGGAAUUCUUCUGGUAGGUGCAUGGUAACUUGGCAAAGGACUGUUCUGAAUCAGAACAUCAUCGUUGAAAUGAGAAAAUAUAUUAGGACUUUCUUUGACAGAUCAGAGAAAUUGCCCAUAAUGAAGUAAGAAAGUGUGACUCUGAGAUUUGCAUUGGGAAUAGAAUUCUUGAUCAUGGCCUUAAGAGUGAAACUCUAAUUGUGCGCUUGCCAUCUCUCCCCAAUCCUUAUCCAUCAGUAGAAAGUUUUGCUUUUCUUACCUUUUUAUUGUAACAAAUACUUCUCACACUUUGUUCUAUCAACUCAACAAUUUUUCAAGCCACAUUUAUAGUUUGUUCGAAUUAGACAGGGGUUGUCAAUUCUACUGUUAUUAGAGCUGGUUUAUUUUUUAGCUUGCCAUAGUCUUGAAGUGAUUCUUCCUCCUCCCGAGUUCCCACAUACUUUAGCAAGACAAUUAGUACAAUCUUCAUUAAUAAGUUAAAAUAACUUUUUUCUUAGCCUGUUCUAUGUACAAAGUUAGGGUCUAGAUUAAGCAUUUAGAAUUAAGGGGCACUCAUGUGUGCGCAUACAGAGAACUACAAAGAACCAGAGUGCUAUGCUUUGCUUAUAUGGGAGCUUAAGCACACAGAAUCAGUGCACAACAUGGUAAGAGUUUGCAUUCAAAACUGAUUUCUUUCUACCAAGAUUUACUAGUUGAUUCUUCACAAGCAGCUGAUGCAUUUAUAAACCAGGCAAUAAUGAGUAGCAGUCUAGGGUAAACACAGAACUGAAGGGUAUUAUGAAAGAUUUUGAUUUUUUAAAAAACAUUCAGUACUUUACCAUUGUGUUCUAAGAUUUUACUUUUCAAAAUCAAUUAGCAGUAUGUUAGAAUAUUUCUUACUGUGACAGUGUUCAACUAUUCCUACAAGUAAUUGUCUAACUUCUGUUCUAAGCACCUAAGGCAAAUCCUCAAAAUGGAGACAAAGACAUACAGGUUUAGAUUUGAUAGUUGGUUGAGUCACAAGGAUGGAAAGCCUCCUGUCAUUGCUGUUGAGCACAUAACAUACAAUAUUCCUAACACAUAUCACUUUGUGCAAAAAUGAAGAUGAUCAGUAGUGACAUAUCCUGUGUGUUCUAUUAGGUAAUAUGUGAUUUUGAGUUUAGCUGUUGUCUGUUUGCACUUUACUAUGAAGGAGCUGUUCACCUGUUGGAUACCAACGGAGGCCUUACAAGGUAUUAGUCUUAACAUGUGACUGUAAUUAGUGUAUUUUAAAUGAAAACACUUUUAGCAGUGGCAUGUUAUCAAAUCUUGCAGUAGGGAAUUAAGAUGUCUGUCGGUAUGGCAUUGCAUACAGGUUCUUGCCAGAUGGAGUAUCUACUAUGUAUCAUAAGAAGUAGACCUGAGUUUAUUUAAAUUCCAAACUAGAUCUUGCAUCCAUCUAAUAUCUUGUGAAAGCACUUUGCUAACACAAGUUCAUUUGGAUAACUAGUAAGGUUUAUUUACAUUUAGCUGGAAGUGAUGUCCUUAACAAGUGAUGAUUUUUAGAUAGUAUUUUCCCAGACUAUACUAAUAUCAGAUGUUCCUUUAAAAAUCCUCUCAAUUGAGCCAAAUGCAAAUUCUUUAAAAUACAAAUUAUUCUCAUGUAUGUUGGAUUUAUUUGUAUUGGCAGCCGUUAUCCAUUUGACAUAAGGUUUCAUUGCAACAGCAGCCUCCUUUGGUAUUUGGUUCUCCCUGUCCUGCUGAUCAAUAAAUACAAAAAGAUAGUGCAAGUAUUUUGUUUGGAAUGCUGCCUGAAACCAAAAUGCUGGCUAUUUAGUUUUCUGUUAAGCAUAACUAUUUUUUCCUAAUGUAUUUCCCUAAUGCAGAAUAACGAACUGUGCAAAUCUUUUCUCUUAUGCUGAAUCACAGUGUUUUGUUUAGAAAGUGCCCUUUGAAGAACCCUGUAUAUUGCUGCACACUUCAGUAAAUAUCUGUCUACAACAAGUGUCAUUUGAAAAUUAAAAUUAAAGGCAUACAAUAUAUUGAAAAACA